AUGCUGUCCUCAUCGCUGAAGUUUGACAUCACUACUCUGCGAUCACUAUCAGCGCGUGCUUCUUGCUCUGAUAAUUCUGCUUACUCUCACACCAACUGUGACGAUGAAUCUAAUGGGGAACCACCUGGUGGUACAUAUGACUUAUAUGGUGUUCUUGAAGCUGUCAAUUCGCUGUCUAGAACCCAUGAUCUAACUGACUCGGAGGCAAGUCUUGUGCUUGACCUUGUGAGAGCAAAACGAGAAGUUUUCCAAGCACAGAAGACACUUGCAGACUCAGCUGCUGAGAAGAAACUCGAUGAGACAGACAUAGGGUUGGGAUUCGUGGAUCACACGGACGAGGUCAGUCAAAUACGCAUGAAAGUGAGUGUGUCAAUCCUCAUUCGAGCAACAACCAUGCUGAUCCUAGUUGUUGCCCACCGUUCGCAGUUGGACGUGCUUCGCCCCUAUUAUUGUGUAAACAUACUGUCCGAUUUACCCUCUGUGGCCCCUGGCUCAUCACCCUUGGAGAACAUUGUCCACAUCAGGAAAACCACCGGCUGGUUUUUCCCACUUAUGUCACUUUUUGCCCCUUGA